AUGACUAAUUACGAGUUUUGUUCACAGAGCACAGAUGUGUCGAAGCACAGAUGUGUCGAGUCGGCAAAAAUCCGAGCCAAAUACCCUGACCGCGUCCCGGUCAUAGUGGAGAAGGUCUCAGGAUCUCAGAUUGUUGAUAUUGACAAGAGGAAGUACUUAGUUCCAUCUGACAUCACCGUGGCCCAGUUCAUGUGGAUCAUCAGGAAGAGGAUUCAACUGCCAUCUGAGAAAGCAAUAUUCCUCUUUGUAGACAAGACUGUCCCACAGUCCAGCUUAACUAUGGGACAACUUUAUGAGAAGGAAAAGGAUGAGGAUGGAUUCUUGUAUGUUGCCUACAGUGGAGAAAACACAUUUGGUUUCUGAAUGGUGGAUCUUGGCUGCUACACCAUCCUGCUGUGUAUCUUGUAAAUAGCUGAUCGUUUUCUGUUCCGACAUCCACAGAAGUUCCUUCUACAUAUGAGCAUUUGCAACUGGAUUUAUUUCUUAAUAUAUUGAUAGGUCUUGUUUUAUUAGACUGUUAAAUUAUCACAAGUUUUGUUGGUUUUAUGCUUUUUUUUUUUUUUCCCUCAUGGCUAUGAAUUCCCAGAGCCUCACUCCUUUGGGGAAUACACUUGACAAUACUGAUUAAAUAAUAAAGCAAAGUAGUUGGGCUACUAAAACAUGAAAAGAAGAAUAUGCAUUUAUUCUGUUUUGAGGUGUUAGUUUAAGAAAAAUAAAAACAUGACAUUAGUAUUGGGAACGCUGGAUUUGCUAGCUUAUCUUAAGGAGGAGCAAGAUUCUGAUCAUGUUGAAUUGAGCUAAUAUGUUCCUCUUUCUCAAUUAACAAACAAGUACAAUAAAAAUUCCUGUCACAAACAGGCAGUGCUGUCAUUUCUUUACCUUAAUUUUGGCCAGAAAGUUAUACAUCACAUUUACUAGACACCAUACAGCUGCUUAUAUUUACUAGACCCUGUACAGCUCCUCAGCCUUUAGUAGGGGGAUGAUGACACACAGAAGAAACAAAGAGCUAUCUGUAGGUUCCAAAACAAAUAGCUUCAGAGCAACCAAAAAAAAGAGCUAUGCCUGCCCACAGGCUAUCAAUGGAGGAGUAAAUACCAUUGGCUUUGGAAAGCAGCAUCUAGGUGACAAAAGCAUAGCAUGUAAAGAAAGGGCACCUAGGAGAAGGAAUGAUACAGAUAGGAGACAAGAGAGCUGGAGAAGUGGAAGGUGUAAUUUGUAUGAGUUACUGCAGAGAGAAAAGUAACUGGUAAGGAGUUCAGAUUACAACAGCUGCAUGAGCAGCUCAAAAAAAAAAAAAGCAGCAAGCAGUAGUUGUGUUACAGGUAGUUAUAUAAAUACACAUCCUUUC